UACCCUAGUUAAACACAGGCGAUGUGUGGAGGAAGACUGACGCAAAUUGCUAUCUUCUACGAAUGAAUAGCGUGACCGGUGCCAAUUUUUGUUUUUACUAUUCACAACAUAAAUAAGGCUGUUUAAAGAAAGUAAAACAAACGUCUCUAGUAUCAAGACUUCAAAAGACUUAUUCGAAAACCCGAAAAAUGGCAAUACAUGCAUUAUAUGGCGUCAUAUAUGUGGUACUUCCACUCACAUUAUUUGUCAACCUUCAACCAGCAACAUCCAAGAUCAACGAGUUAAAUCCUGAUAAGAUACGAAGAAACAUCGAAAUACGCCACGCGAAGGCAUCGCAUUUAAAAGAAGUAAUCUCUGAGAAGAUCCGUGGUCGCUGGAGGAGAGCUUUGAUGGAACCAAAAGCAAACCUGAGAACUGGUAAAAACUGCUUCAUCACAUCUGUUUUUAGCAAUAUGGCGGAUGGAAAGACAUAUUUCUUUAACAAUUCAUAUUUUUGGCGUUUAUCUUCGAGCUACAAAGCUGAUUUUGGUUAUCCAAGAAACGUGACACAAAAAUGGAAAGGUUUACCGCACACAUUUGAUGAAGUUUUUCUGUGGGGAGCAAAUUGGAAAACAUAUUUUUUCAAGGGAAAAUACUAUUAUUUGUAUGAUACCCAGAAAGAUCAAGUACUAAAUGGAUACCCCCAGCUUAUAAGUCAAGGAUGGGCAGGUGUUCCAAAUGAUGUAGAUGCAGCGUUUACUGAUCGCAAUAGGAUAAGCUUCUUCUUCAAAGGAAAACUUGUGUAUAAAUAUGAUAACAGUAGAGAUAGAGUUGCAUUCGGGUAUCCGAUGAAAAUAAGGGAUGUUUUUCCUGGUUUGCCGAACGAUAUCGAUUCCGCUUUUCAUUAUUACUACGAUGGUUCCAUCUAUUUCUUCAAAGGCUGGCGAUAUUACAAAUGGAAUGAGAUUCACCAAAAAGCGGACGGACCCUUCUUUGUAAGACAAGACUGGCACAAUAUAUGCACAGAUUAGACUAUUACUGCUACGGUUGGGAAGCCACCUGCCCAUGGAAUUAAUCUUACAUAUAUGACACUUACGUCUAUUAAACCGUCCUUUAGCGUAGACCAUUAUUUUAUUGAUUGACGCAUUAAAACAGAAAAAUUAUUACAUUGGGACAUUUAUAGAUUAUUAUUAGCAGUAUGUAUUAUUAAAACUAAAGGCGUAAAUUGUUAAACUAUUUGCUUUGUUAUUUUAAAAUAGAAAGAAAUAUACAAACUAAAAUUUGUUAAUAUCA